UCUAUCUAGCUCUCCUGCCAGAUCCAAUCCAUGUGUGUUCUCACCACAGCUUCCUCUCCGCUUGAUCUGGACUUCAGCAACUCUUGCGAUACAGACGGUACAUCGAAGCUAGUCAUACAUAUAAGGAUAUAGAUAAAGAGUACUAUGGAGAGCAUGGCGAUACGACGUCCGCGGGUCUUUUCGCUGAGAUUCUUAAAAGCUAUUACAAAUAAUUUUUCCGAGGAACGUAUAAUUGGACAUGGUGCAACUGGAGUAGUUUAUAAGGGAGUACUUCAUAAUGGGGAAGUGAUUGCUGUGAAGAAACUUUACAACCGUUAUGAUUCAUCUGGGGAGAAGCUGGGUAAUGGCGAAGCACAAUUUCAUAAUGAGCUUAUGAAUCUGAUUGGGGUUCAACAUCAAAACAUUAUACAGUUAGUUGGGUACUGUUAUGAAACACACAAUGAAGUUACUGAGUGCAACGGAAAACUUGUAUUGGCUGCAAAGGAAGAAAGAAUUCUCUGCUUGGAAUACAUGCCGUGUGGAAGCCUCAAGGAUAAUCUUUCAGAUGUAUCAUGUGGACUUAAAUGGCAUGAACGUUACACCAUAAUUAAAGGAAUUUGUGAAGGGUUAAAGUACCUUCAUACAGGAUGUGGAAAUCCAAUUUACCAUCUGGACUUAAAACCCGAAAAUAUAUUGCUCAACAGGAAUAAGAUACCAAAAAUCGGCGAUUUUGGUAUAUCAAGACUCCCUGCAGCUGGUUCGAUGCAAACAUUUGUCACGCAAAAUAUUGCAGGAACACUUGGAUACAUGCCACCAGAAUACCUCUUUAUGAAGAAAAUCUCAUCCAAGUUUGACAUAUUCAGCUUGGGCGUCAUAAUUAUACAUGUAAUAGCUGGGCAAGAGGGCAACCAGAAUUAUCGAUAUAUGACUUCAGUAAAAUUCAUUGAGAACGUACAGGAAAACUGGGGAAAACGGCUGGAUGCAGCAGUUCCAUCGCAUACAUUAGAGCAAGUUAGGACAUGCGCCGAAAUAGCAUUAAGGUGUGUGGAGUUAGAGCGAGAGAAAAGGCCUAAUAUUACAGAGAUUGUCAAUGAACUGAAUAAGAUUGAUGUUGACGAAAGUUCAGAUACAGGCCAGAACACGGGGGAAGAAGAGCACACAACUCUGGAUAGACGGGUUGAGAUUGAUGCUAGUCUGAUCAUACCACCCUUAGAGGAAUCCUCGCGUUGCAUCAUAAAAGGUGGCCGUCUCCAUGAUUUUGUGUCUGAUACGAUCAAUUCAUCGUCAUCUGAAGACAACUUUCCCACUGUGGAUGGUAACGAGCAAGUCGACCUAAAGUCGUUAUUGGCUCGCUUGCUAGAUGACCUUCUAACAGGAAGGUCGUUAAAUACCGACGAUGGUCAUAUUCGUAUGAUUUCAGUGUUUGAAGCACAGCGAGCCCUUCAGUUGAUGUACCUCAGACAAUAUAACGCACCUAUUCAUGAGCCCUUCAGUCAUUUGGAGACACUGGACUUGCGAGGAACCAGUGUAAGAGAACUGUCAUCAUUCGUUAGUCGACUAAGAAACCUCAAGUGCCUGCGAGCCGAUGAGACCACGGGAGUACCAGGAAUAGGGAACCUGACAUCCCUAGAAGAGCUAAGGCUGGACUAUGUUGGCACCUCGGUAAACUUUGUUAUAGAGCUGGGCAAGCUGAAGAAACUGAGGGAGCUAGACAUUUGGAUACAAGAGCUUGACAAGAUCUCGAAUGAGGCAUUGCUAGAGUCCCUCCACAAUCUAGAUAACAUUGAGGUCCUACGACUGAUGAUUAGUUGGCGGGGUGAGGAGGCCAACUGGAACAUAUAUGAACCUCCUAGACAACUCCGUGAGUUGCGCCUAACUAUUAGUUUUCCUCGACUGCCAAAGUGGAUCAGUGUCUCAUCUGUUCCGAAUCUCUCGCACUUGUCUGUUGAUUUGAAGGUGGUCGAUCAGCAGGAUGUGGAUAUGCUUGGGCAUUUAUUAAAGCUCGUUAGUCUCGGCCUGCAGAUGCCAUCAGAUGUCUUCCUUAGCAUUAAGGGUGACAGUCUAUUCCCCAAGUUGAGGUCAUUUGACACGUCCUCACCAUUUAGGUUCCUACCUGGAGCUAUGCCAUCCUUGGAAUCUCUUCACUUCAAAGUAGACGUCCGGGCUUUGAAGCAUGCCGGCUUUGCUUUGAAUGACUUUGCUGCCUUGGGGAACCUCCUUCGACUUCAAAGUAUGGAAGUUGAAAUUAACUUCAGGGGUGCUCGUGAAGUGCACGUGGCAGGGACUGAGCAAGCAAUGAAGCGAGCCGUAGACAAUCAUCCCAACAAUCCCACCGCUAGUAUCAGGAGAACCUGA